ACUCAAACAGGACGCUGUUGUCCGACGGUGUCGUUUAUUAAAUGUUUCGCUUGUGGCACGGCGCUAAAACUCAGGUGAAACUCUCGGUUUUAUAUGUAAGAAAUAUGUCCACUCAGUGCGACGCGGCGGACGUUGAAAGCAACAGGUCGAUUCACUCGGACGGCCUCGAGGAGGUUCAUAACAUCCCGAUGCAGGUCAUCAUCAGACCGAUCCCUCCGGAGCUGGACGAGCAGAAAGUUCAGAGUCUGAUGGACACAAUAAAGGAGACAGCAGACAUCAGUGUUGUUCCUCCCAUCGAUGUGCUCUGGAUCAAAGGCAGCGAGGGCGGAAACUACUACUACUCUUUUGGAGGCUGUCACAGGUUUGCCGCGUAUCAGAGGCUCAACAUGCCGACCAUCCCGGCCAAGCUCAUCAAAUCCAACAUCUCAGACCUCAAAACUUACUUGGGGUCUUCGACACCUGAUCUGCGGUGAUGCUGGAGCAGCUUUUUGAGAGACUUGUCUCAGGUGGCUCACACACUCAAACACUGUUAUGAUUUUUCAGUUGCAGCUGCAGAGCAAAGGAUUUACCAGCAGGGGGAAAUGUAACUCUGUAGUUAAACACAGUACAUUUAUCAUUUGAAACAAUUGAAAUCUAAUUUAAAGGGUGUGUGUGUGUAGAUUGUGUUUUUGUUUAUUAUACCAUUUCACCAAGUCGUCUGUCAUUUUACACCUUGAAACACAACUUGUACUUGCACAUAUGUGGAUAUAUCUGAAUGACACAAAGCUAAGAUGCAAAUCUUGGGGCCUUUUUUCACGGCAGACACAUUAAGUUGUCAUAGUAAGAGAAGCACAGGUGUUAACAUUUACAUCGGCUACGUUUUCAUGUACAAAAUGUUCCGUUUUUUUGCCCUUAUUCCAAAAAGACAAUAUCGCAACCGAGCCGUUGCAAGGCGGUUUAAGUGAAUAUUUCCCGUUUACAAGCAGCCGUGCGUAUUCUGAUCAGUGUGCCCCAACAUGUUGUUCAUCACAUCAAAAUAUCGAAAAUUGGACAUCAGGAGCUGCUUGUGCAAUUUUUACUGCUUUUUUUUUUCCAAAAUUGAUUUUUUCAGUGAAGUUGAAGUUUUUCACCAGAGGCGGACUUGUUCAACCAUGCAAACAAAGCCUCCAUCUUUGGUUGUUUCAAUCACCCAGCUGACCAUUGGCAUUGUCAGAUGUCGAUAUUUGGUUUAAUUUAGGUUGUGGUGUCUGGUGACCAAAAUUCAAUGUUAGGACAAUGUUUAACGCCACCAUUAAUUUGAUGUAGAAUACUGAAGACAGAUGACGUUGAUAUUUGUUGGUUUUAAGUUGUGUUGUUAUGUAACCAAAAUUCAAUGUCUUCCAAACAUCUCAUGCCAAUGUCACUUUGAUGUAGAAUAACGACAUUAAUUCAUAAGGUAUAAGGAACAAAACCCAACGUCUGCAAAAUGACUUAAUGUUGACAUCCACACAAUGUAAAAUUCUAACUUCAUUUCAAUCAAGAUUUAGCGUCUGUCUGACAUAAGAGUCCAACGUCUUUCUGACGUUGUAUCUUCUUGAAAAAGUCGGCAUUGCGAUAUUUGUGCAUAUCCAAAUACUUGUUGAUAUACAAGUCUUUUAUAAUGUUUAAAAGGGGAUGCGUUUCUCAUUUGUACCAAAAACGUGAGGAUUUUUGGGGCUUUGCAAACUGUUGAUUUGUGCACAACGCAUAAACAGGCAAGGAGUCGUGUGUCACAUCCAACAAAUGCUCCUAAAAUCUGAACAAUACGGGCAUAUCCCGCAUGUCUUAAUCAGAAAAUUCUGCAUUCAGAAAAAGCCCAAGUAUCCCAUGAGAAUAUGUUUUUUUACAUUGUUGAAUUUUGUAUUCAGGAUAUUGUCAUAUUUGGAAUAAUAGUCAAAUAUUAAGGUCUGUGUAAACACACCUAUAGUCUCUGUUCUGUUCAAAUGUCCCAGUAAGCCACUAAAGUGUGCCCGUUAGCCAGAAUGCACCAUACUAGGACAGUCAUCAUUAAUUUUACUAUUCGCACCUGUCCUUUUCCUGCUGUGACAUGUCAAAACAUGCUCUGCAGAGGAAACAAAAGGCUCAUUGAAUCCACCAGUGGUUUCCUUCAAGUGCACCUUUUGAGCUCCUUCUACUGAGUUCUGGGAAAAGAUUUAAAUAUUGUCGCACAUUCAAGUUAUUUUAGUCUGAAAUUAUAUCAAAAGGUCCCUGUAGUCAGUCUUUUUAUUUUUUCUUCUUGGCACUGGUGUUAAUUUUAGUAAUCAAACGUUGCAGAGCUGCUUUGUGUGCAGCAGCAGAAUAUGAGAAGGAAAUGUGCAUUAUUUUUAUUUAUUUGUUAAAGUGCACAAGUAAAGGAGGAAGAAAUGUUGCACAGAGUAUCAAAAAGGUAUGAAAUCUCACACACAGUAAGGUUUGAUUGUGAUGUUUCAGACAGCGCAAGACGGAAACAGAAAGGAGCCUAUAGAGCAGAUGGUUUGGGGAGGGAGUCAGGUGUUAUGAGAAUUAUGAGAACGUCAGGGUGACAGCGUCUUGUGUCAAAAUGCAAGAUGUUGAGUCUUGCUUUCUUUUUUUUUUUUUUUUUGCAUCAUCACUCUUUCCUACUCGUCAUCUCUGGUCCCUCCCAAAACCAUGCAGUCUUGCUGCUGUCGUCCAGGUCAGCUUGUAUGAAAACCCCCUUAAACCAAAGUCUUUUCUCACUGCCCUGAAGUGCCAGCAGAUAAAAUUACUUUACAAAUUUGGCUUAUUCUUCACACUGCAGUCUCUGCAGUGCACUGCACUACAGAUAGUUAGUUGUUUUCAGAUUCUGGUUACUUUAUUAACCUAAUAUGUAGGUUUGGUUUGCGGUCAAAAGUUUAAGGCAUCCAUUGACAGUUUCAGACACUACUUACAACAUACUGGAUAAAACAUGACAAGACGGUUAACGAUAAAACAAUAAAAGCGCCCCAGUGCUAAACAAAAUGUUAAAUAUAUAAAUACCAAUAAUAACCAAACACUAAAAUGAAAGCUAUGAAUAAAUAAAUCAUAAAUAAAGGCUGCAAUUUCUCCACAGCUUGUUUAUCAGUGUGAUGGCAGCUGGAACAAAAGUGUUUUUUUUUUAAAUAGCGCUUGAUUUUACACUUUGAGACUAAAAACCUGUUUCUAGAGGGGAGGAGCUGAAACUCAUUGUGCAAAGGCUUGUCAUUGAAAAUGAUAUUGGCUGGGUCACAUAAAGAUAUUAUAUUGUGCCGAGAUAUGAGGCAAUAUAUCGUCUUUGAUAUUGGAUUUUGUUAUAUUGUGAUAUUGAAUAAAUGGUGUUUUUUCUGGAUUUUAAA